CGUUUUAAAGCAAAAACGGCGUAUUGUUUUAGUAUGACGUAACAUAAAACGCCACGAAAAAAGAAGUUGUAGGUAGCUGUAUAAAUAGAGCUCGGACAUUUAACUCGCCCUCCAUUCGCACUGAUACAAAACAGAGACGGUCGUCUAUUAUUCUCAAAGUUAUACAGACAGAAGCUUAUACAUUAUCUCAUACAAUGUCAACUAUGAACGGAAACGGUUACACCAACGGGCAUACUGCUGUACAGAAUGGUCACAGUUAUAGCAAUAUACAGGCAAUGAAAAACGGAGUACAUAAGACAGUGCAGAAUGGUCAAACCGCCCCGACAAAGACAGAAAAAUCAGACGUUAUCAACUUUAACCCCGGCCCAGCAAAGAUAGACGCAUCGGUGAUGGCAAAAGCACAAACUGAACUCCUCAACUACAGAAAUUUGGGCUUUGGCGUUCUUGAAAUGAGUCACCGAUCUGCGGAGUUUAUUGAUAUUGUUGAACAAGCCAAAACCAAUCUCAGAGAACUCAUGAAAAUACCAGACAACUACAAGAUUCUAUUUCUGCAAGGUGGCGCCACUGGGCAGUUCAGUGCUGUGCCUUUAAAUCUACUUAACCUUUCAAGUGAUGCCACAGCAGAUUACAUUGUCACAGGAACUUGGUCUGCUAAAGCAGCAAAAGAGGCUGAAAAGUUCGGCAACAUCAACAUUGUGCACCCAAAACUCAAAAAAUACACAAGCAUUCCAGCUGAAGAAACAUGGCAGUUAAACCCAAAUGCAGCUUAUCUUUAUUACUGUGAUAAUGAAACUGUAAACGGAGUUGAAUUCCACUUUGCACCACAAGCAGGAAAUGUUCCAAUUAUUGCCGAUAUGUCUUCAAAUAUUCUCUCAAAACCUGUGGAUGUUUCAAAGUUUGGUGCAAUUAUUGCUGGAGCACAAAAGAACAUCGGAUGUGCCGGAGUGACUCUUGUUAUCAUCCGAGAUGAUCUUAUUGGACAUCAGUUGAAGGAAUGUCCAGCCGUGCUCGACUACAAACUUCAAGCUGACAUGAACUCACUUUAUAAUACACCACCUAGCUACAGCAUUUAUUUGACUGGAUUGGUUUUGGAAUGGAUCAAAAACUCUGGUGGAGUGAUGUCUAUGGCAAAGAGAAGUGCAAUCAAGUCACAGUUGAUCUACUCUGUCAUUAACAACUCAAAUGGAUUUUACCAUUGCAUGAUUGAUGACGACUGCAGGAGUCGAAUCAAUCUUCCAUUCCGAGUUGGAGGACCUGGAGGUGACCAGGAGCUGGAGAGUCUCUUUCUCGAGAGAACGAAACAAGCGAACAUGGUUGGAUUAAAGGGACAUCGGUCAGUAGGUGGUAUUCGUGCUUCCUUGUACAAUGCUGUCACGAUUGAGGAAACUCAGAAGUUAGCAGAUCUAAUGCUUGCCUUUCAACAAGAACACGCUUAGUUUUAUUCUUUUUCUUAGACCAAUAUGAUUUUAUUUAAGAUUCUAUUUUAUUUAUAGUUUCACAAGUUCGCCAUGUGUUUUAAAACUAUCCUGCUACUGUGCGCAGGAAAUCUGUAUUCCUUUUUAUUCGUAAAAACACGAAUUAUUCACCUUUUUCCCUUCAUGUGUUUAAAGGUGUCAAAUUGUGCUUUAUUUUAAAUGGAACAUUAACACAAAAUGUUGGUUUUGGUUGUAAAUGGUGGAUAUUUUUUGUUACAAACCUUGUAGGAGAUGCGUGCCUUUACAUACGUCAUUGUACACAUCAAAUACAUACGUAAGAGCUUCCUAAAUUCGUGACUUUUGUUACGUAAAUAUUGCUUUCAAUAAAAUACGCAACAAAACUA